UGUCUCCUCUCUCAAAAGCUGAAGAACAGGUCUCGAAAUCACAGUGGGGCACUGAACAAGCUAAAGGGACAUCCCAAGCAGAGGAGAGGAACCCCGAAAGGCAGGAUACGGUCGGCUUUCACCCUUCGACAACCCACACGCAACCGGCCAAAGUUUUAAGCUUAAAAGUGAGGUUGCAGAGAGCAGAAAAUCAAUUGAAUCGAGGAGAGGAGAUGGAGGUACUACGACGUUCUUCAGUGUUCGCUGCGGAGGUGAUGGAAGUUUUUGACCGAUCCCCCACUGACAAAGAGCUGGUCUCCCAAGCUAAAGCACUCUGCAGGGAAUACAUACACUCCAGGCUGAUACGAGCUGGCCUGGUCUGGAGCAAACCCGACUACAGCGUACCAACCCCUGGGGGGAAGCUAGCAGAGGUGUCCACCAUUCUCCUCCGACUCGGGGAUGAGUUGGAAUACAUCCGGCCGAACGUGUACCGGAACAUCGCCCGGCAGCUAAACAUCUCCCUGCACUCUGAGACGGUGGUGACGGAUGCCUUCUUGGCCGUUGCUACGCAGAUCUUCUCAGCGGGGAUAACGUGGGGCAAAGUGGUGUCCCUCUAUGCUGUGGCCGCGGGGCUGGCUGUGGAUUGUGUGAAGCAGGCUCAGCCAGCAAUGGUGCACACCAUCGUGGACUGCCUGGGAGAGUUUGUGCGAAAGACUCUGGUGACGUGGCUGAAGAGGCGUGGAGGAUGGGCAGACAUAAUGAAAUGUGUGGUGAACACGGACCCCAACCUGCGCUCCCAUUGGCUCGUGGCGGCCGUCUGCAGCUUUGGACACUUCCUGAAAGCCAUCUUCUUUGUCCUGUUACCGGAGAGAUGAACAACACAACCCAUUUAAGUCAAAAGCCAAGUCUCCUUUUCUGCUCUGGGUGCCAAUGCGCCUUACCCUUUUUAUGACCCUGAGGAAGAGAAGGAGCAAGGCUGGGACAAAAAAGAACAUUUCUUUCUUCCGUCUUGAGCAGAGAGCAGUACUGCCUAAUUCUAAGAUGUCUUUUACUUCAGCAGCAGGAAGCUUAUCUCCACUCUGGAGUUAACCUUGAAAGGACACCUCUCUCUCAUCUCUCCUCUGUGAAUGUGAAGUAGCCAAGGCCAGGCCUUUGAGAGGGGGUGGAGAAGGGAAACAAUUACCUAGGAAGCUUCUUCAUGAGUAAUAUACAAAUGCUUUUCCCCUUCAUUCUAGGGUGUGCUUGUGUGUAGGGCGUUUGUGUAUGAUACACAGUCUCACAGUAAAUAUUCACCAAUCACGAUCAAUCGUUUAUUGAGUGCUUACUGUGUGAAAAACUGUUCUAAGCACUGCUUACUGUGUGCAGAGCAGUGUACUAAGUGCUUCUUACUGUGUGCAGAGCACCAUACUAAGCGCUUGGGAGAGUACAAUGUAACAGAGUUGGUAGACUCAUUCCCUGACCACAAGGAGCUUACAAUCAUGUAAACUAAAACAGUACGUGUCACUUUCUUGUAUGACUUCAGAAUGUUUCCCACUUUCUUGAAUUCCCUUUAUCACGACAUUUACUUUUCUCCUUUUUCGAAAAGCAGCCAGUGGUCAAUACCCAGGCCUUCUGAAACAAAACAAAACAAAAAAAACCCCCAACAACUCUAAAGCCAUUUCAUCUGGAGAAGGUUGCGGGUAGAGCAGAGAUGGGAGAAGACUCCUUUUGGAUCCAUUCUGUUUAUUAUGUAUCUACCCCAGCCCUUAGUUCAGGGUUUGGCAGACCAUAAGCGCUUAACAAAUACUACAAUUAUUAUUAUUUUUGUAUUAUUAUUGUUAUUAUAUAUGAGCCUGUUCUGAAAGCAGACUUUAGCACAAGCCAGGGAAGGCUGCUCCUUUCACCAGAAGAAUCCCAGUCGGAAUGUUUGUCUCUCACUGGUGAACUCAGAGGAGAGAGAGAGUGCUCUGCACACAGUAAGCGCUCAAUAAAUACAACUGAAUGAGUGAACGCACUCCAGCAGAGCUUAAUUUGGACGAUGGGUGGGGAGUGCUGAAUAAGAUUUUAAGCAACAAACCCACUUAUGGAAGUGGGAUUUGAAAUGGACACUUGCUAGGUCAAAGCCAUUUUGCCGUGCGGGAGAAAGAAAA